AUGUGGGACAAACUGAAAAUUAUCUCGUCACAUGUUUCGAAACUGUACUCAGAGAAGAUACCACCUGGAAGUCUGUGUUCUGCGAGGAAAGAUGGAUCGACAAUCUUCGGAGACUGGUCAUCACCAGAAGAUCCCUUGGAUUGCAUUGUCCAACGGGGAAGUCCCAAAGUACUCAAGUCAAGCUUCGUUCUUGGAUCAAGAUCUGAAGGCAGACCUCAUCGUCAUUGCUUCCAUAUCACGUUUGGAAAUAUAGAGUUUCCCCUUGACGAACAAGUCUAG